UUGGGUUGGGGGGUUUUAUAUUCUCCUCGCUUAUUUUCACGCUGUGUAAUUUGCAAGGUUUGUAUUGUAAGUUUUCCAUUAUAAUACAUAGUUCCUCGAUGUCGAGAUUUUCAGAAAAUGGCCCUGUACUGAUGAAUUCAGCUGGUAUGUGCGCCUAAUGCAUGCCUAAAAAUUGAUUUUGACGUCAUUUUCAACUUAGAGUUUUUUUACUGAUAAUGGAAGCUCCAGAUGACCAACUCUUCAUUACAAACUGUGAGCAUUGCAACCUACUAACUUAAUAGACAUGUUCUAACACUCGAUCAAUUUAUUUUGGGCAGACAAAUGUACAUUCUUCUGCUUUACACGGUGUUUGUUGUCAACUUGUAAUCCAUCGAUCCUAUGCGCGAGAAUAUAUGUACACUUCUCCAUUUCUGACCUCAUAUAUAUGCAGAUAAGUCUUGUGUUCGUAGUUGUGUGGUGUUCAAGGAAUCACGAGGGACUUAAGUUCACUGAUGUGAGCUGUCUAUUUCAUCAGCUGCUAUACACUAUACACUGCCAAAACAAAUAGUCACAGCUUGCCCCACUCUUUCUCUACGCAUGUGAUUAAAUCCUCUGCGUUCAUUUUGUGUGUGGUUUUUUUGUGGUCUCUAUUACAGUCUUCUACUCACAACUUGUAAUAAAUUCUGGUGACUUUCCUUCUUCAUCUCUAUUGGUUUUUUUGUGGCCAGAAGCUCGCUGCACCAAUACCCAAAUGGAAGUUAGGAUUUUGUUUCUGGGGUCGACGUGAGUCAGGUGGUGGUGGUGGAUGACGUCAGAAAGUGUCAGGAACGACCAGAUCGCCGUCUUCAGCUCGGGGAAGACGACCAUGUUCGUUCGUAGUGAAACCGCGAACGAACCCAGUCGAAUUUGGGUGGAAAUGAAAGUCGGGGUGACGCUGAGUUGUUUUCUGGCGGUGGGUGGCUUCGAUUCGCCGGAAAAACCCUCGAGUAGGCGUCGGAAAAAGCUGCAGGAAACGGGUUUGAAGUCGGUUCGCGCAGGGGUAAACGGGUCGCGCCCGGGUCAGCUGUCCACAUCAUUUUCCACAAUUUUGGACCUGCUAUUUAUAUCAUGUAUACUAAAACCCGUAGGGGUUGAGUACUGUGGAUGACCAGUGGAAUGACGGUUUUGCCCUUCAAUUGUGAGGCAUAUGCAGCCUUUUUCCUUCCGUUGUACAGUUCAUUUACUAAUUUACCCCUUCUGUACACGUGUUGGUCAUCGUGGGAAUGGAAAAGCUUGGCCUUUCCAUUUGUUUCAAGAACGAAGCUUUUCCGUUGAUUUCCCGAUCAACCUCUCCGGUUCACUCUCUCAGAACUGCGAACCGCAACAUCCUCCUCCGUUCGAGGCAUCUCCUCCCUUCUCCUCCGUUGGACAACUUCUCCCCGUCCAGGCUCCUCCCUCAUUCCUUCUCCUCCGCUCCUUCUCUUGGGUCUGAAAAGAAAAGAGCUGCAGAUUACGGUGGCUCAGUUAUCUCCUCCCCGAUGUUCGUCGUGCCAACAUCACCUUUGAAGAACAGGUUCUGGUUCUUGAGCUUCACCCUCGCUGGGGUAACAGGGUUGUAUUGGACAUAAGCUAUUCUUAAAGUAGCUGUAGCACCUUAGAAUUUUAGAGGUGAUCCGAUUGGAGGCCGUUUGCAGAUAACGAUUCUCAAUUUCUCGAGCACACCAGUAAAGGUUCUUUAUCUUCAUUUCUCAUUGACAUUUGUUUUUCCUUGAUAACGUAGUUGACAGUUCUUUUAGCCUGUUAUCAUAUAAUUACUGUUAACAAUGACUUUUAGAGAGAGAGAGAGAGAGAGAGAGAGAGAGAGAGAGAGAGGGAGGGAGGGAUGGAUAUACCAAAUGAUGCAUGUUCAAGGAGUACUCGAACAACAUUAUUGGAAUUGUAUAACAAUACUUGCCAUAAUUUUGGUAAGGAAUCAGUUGACAGUGUGGGGUUCGUAGAUUUGGAUUUGGCAUUCUCUGAUAUUAACCAAGGAGUGGAAAUUUUGAUUGGUUUGAUUGGUAAUUUGGGUAUGUUGUUUGCAUUCAACAUUCUAUAAUUAUGAGAGAAACCGAGAUCAUUGUAUUAUAUAUUUUAUCAGCAUUCAACAUUUAUAAUUGUGAACUAUCUUUGUGGGUUUAUCAAUUUAUUUUUAUGGUUUUCAA